AUGGCUCAGAAAUCCCCAACAAAGGCCGAGUUCGUAGCCACUCUUGACAAACUUGUCACCAGAAUGUUAUCUAUAGAUCGCCAGUCAAAGAAUGUGGUGCGGCAGUUGAGCCAGUCUGAGUAUAUCUGGCACGAGUCUAAAGCAACUGCCCAGAGACUCCGUGCUGAAGCAAGACAGACGCUCAAAGAGGCAGUUGAAAUGCUGAACUAUGCCGAUCCUGUACUAGAUGAGGAGGACGAAGGGCCUGGAGCACCUUGCACACCUACUAACCCAAACCCAUGGAACUCCAAAGCUGCGAUAGAGAUCGGCAUGUCGUUACGAAAGUCGGCUACUGUCCAAUCAGUUUCGAACAAUGGGAUGGUCUCUACCUCUGGUAGUCAGUAG